CCAAACCAACAGACACCACAGAAAACACAGCAAGUUUCCGAAAUUCCGAUGGCCGGUCUUCAGUACUACUUCUUCCCCACCGACUUCUACUACCCUCGCGCCGAGUCCGUCCCUUCAGAAGGUACUCGCAAACCGACGGUGGUUUCUUUUCCUACAUCGAAGAAGACAGAGGCGGCCGCUGACGAUCUCCAGAAGCCAAACAGGGGUAACGUUUCGUUGCGCCGGGGAGUGGAGGGACAAGAUGGGCAAAAACUCGUUAUGAAUACCCAGAAUUCGAUUUCUUCGUUGCUUUUGAGUUCGAAAGAUUUGUCUGGUUCUUCUUGAAUGGUGUUAAACUAGCUAGUAACCGCAUCAAAAGUUAAUUUUUUUUUAAAUUUCAAUUAUAUAUGUUUUUACAUGAAUUUUGAAGACAGUAAUCCAAUACUGUUUUUUCUUUAAUUAUACGGUACACAUAUAUCUUUUUCCUAAAUCUGUCGUCAGGUCGAACUAUCAUUGAGAUACUCUUCUUAAUUCCGCACUAGUUACAUUCGAAUUAUUGAAUUAAUUUUUCUAACAUGU